GAGCUGAGGCUUAAAGCUACAACUCUAGCUACCCAGAGCAAACAAAACGGCAAGGCUGGAAGAACUGGAUCAGCUAACUUAAAGUGCUAUUGAUGUUCUGGACCUCAUGCGAUUUGGCAGUGCGAGAUUUUUAAGAAUGCGUCUUAUGAGGAUCGAUUGCGAACUGUACAACAAAAGAAACUGUGUGGUAGCUGUCUUGCACAUGGACACUUUUCAAGAUCAUGUCCAAAGGGAUUUUCUUGUUGUAAGCCAGGAUGUGGAAAGAAGCACCAUUCCCUUCUUCACCCUAUGGAUAGUAAAGAGAACAAAGAGCCUGCAGCAAAACAAGAUGGUAUCGAUCAGCAACCAGUUGUUCAAGACCAGACCUCAGUUGGUGGAACAGCCACAACAAUUGCUGAGUCCAACCCUUUCCUGGUUACCGAAUCAAGUACCUUUGCUGCAUCCAGAGACUCAGUUCCAGCAAGAGCUGUAAUGGGCGGUCGACCUAGAGUCUGCUUCAAAGUUGUUCCUGUGAAAGUCAGUGGGCCAGGCAGCAAUAAGCAUCUGAUGACAUACGCCUUCUUGGACAGUGGGUCAGAUACUACACUCUGCUUGAGAAGUCUAAUAGAAGAAUUGAGCCUUGAAAGUGAACCUACCAAUUUUACCCUUUCGACAGUCAAUUACCAAGGAAAGGAACAUGGUCAUCAAACCUGCCUAGAUAUAGAAGCACUUGCUGGAAGAAUGAAGUUUACUCUCGAUCGGGUUCUAACAACGGAGAGCCUGCCCAUUGGAGCGAAACACUUUGCCAGCAAUAAAGAACUAAGAAAAUGGCCACACCUUGAUGGCAUAAGUCUUCCGGAAAUAGAAGAGCAUCGAGUCUCCAUCCUUAUUGGUAGCGACCGACCAGAUAUUAUUGAUGACAAUUUAGAGAUCAGGAGAGGAGCUAGAGGUCAGCCAUAUGCUGUGAACACGCCCUUAGGAUGGACGGUGUACGGUCCAAUGGGUGAACCUGACAGUGAUGGUGUCCAUGUCAAUUUCGUUAGAAGCGAUUAUGAAGAGAUGUUAAGUAAGCAGUUGGAGCAUUUGUACAAUGCUGAGUUUGGAGAUACACUAGUAGAUGUCGAACAGAGUUUGUCGUUCGAAGACCGAAGAGCGAUGCAGAUCAUGGACGAAUCAGUGGCACUUGUCAAUGGCCACUAUCAACUCAGGCUGCCAUUCCGGCAAAGUCCUCCCUGCCUUCCAGAUAGCCUCCCAGAAGCUAAGAAGAGAUUGUACUGGUCAGAAAAGAAGAUGGAAAGGGAUCCUGAGUUUCACAAACGUUAUGCAAGUGUUGUUAAUAAGUAUCAAGAAGAGGGGUCCUCGAAACAUUCCCAGACUCUGAUCGUGUAGUGCGACAAGUUCUGGUGAGGAGCGCAACUGGUGUCUUCCGAAGAGAUGUCCGCAAACUCUGUCUUCUAGAAGAGGAGUUAUUGAAAUCCAUAGAGGAGUCCAUGGAAAAGAACAAAACCGGAGUUUAUGAGAUUAGACUUGGAACUGCUAAUUACGUGACAUUUUCUUGAGAUUCGUGACAUUUUUGACAUUGUUUUUGUUAUAGGUCUAGGUGAAUACCUAAAGACUACGGUAGUCUUUGGGCGGGAGCAUGUAAUGACUGAGACAUUUCAGUGAGUCAUUUAUGACGUGUACUGCUGGUAACAUGUUUGGCAGUCACAAUAAGAGAGCACAUGGUCUGUUUUGA